UAAUACUUAAGAAUCGUAAUAAAUUGAGUACCAUUGCAUAGCUUGAAGCAACUCAUGCACUUUGAUACUAUUCGUACAUUGGUACAUCACCUGCUGUGUUUACUGAAAUAAACUGAAUAAUUUUUAACGAUAAAAAAUGAGUAAAAUAUUCUAUAGAUUGACGUCUAUGAGCAGUAAUCAAAUAAGAAAUGCUUCCAUAAGCAGUUCUCCAUUGAAAGUGAGCGAAGAUGUAACCACUCUGAAGUCAUGGAGAGAGAUCCCUGGUCCUCCAACUUUACCUAUCAUAGGACAGCUUCAUAAUUUUUUACCAGGCGGAUCAUUGUUCAAACUGGAAGGAAUGGGGUUAUACGAACAAUUGUAUGAGAAAUAUGGUCCAGUAGUAAGAGUGAAUGCUGUGCUUAAACCAGACGUAUUAAUACUUUUCGAUGCAGAAAGCAUUGCUAAGAUAUUUUAUGGAGAAAACAGGAUACCCGUGAGACCUGCCUUCUUUUCCAUGGAAUAUUAUCGAAGAUAUUACAAAAAUAAAGAUCCUAAUAAACCUACCGGUUUGGUUACAGACCAGGGCUACAAUUGGAGACAAUUCCGAAGUAAGGUGGGACCAGCGCUGCUAAUGCCUAAAUUCGUUAAGCUAUACAGCAAAACUGUUGAUGAAGUUGCAUUGGAAACGAUAGCAAGGUGGCGGCGUGUUCGAGACCAUAACAACAUGAUUCGUGAAAACUUUGACAGGGAAAUGAACUUGUGGUCCCUCGAAUCUAUAGCAGUUGUUGCUCUUGGAACUCGAUUGAACUCCCUUGAUGCUGAACUACCGAAGGACUCUCCAGUAAACAGACUUAUUGAAUGCGCUCACGACCUGUUGCUCAUAGCAAAUGAAUUGGACUACAAGCCAAGUUUAUGGAAAUACUACCCAACAAAGAUGUUCAAACGGGCAAUGAAGGUUUACGAGGAUAUUGACAUCAUCACCAAACAUUACAUCGCAAACGCUACAGAGAAAUUUAAAAACAACGGUAAAACUGGUGACGAAGAAAGUAUUUUGGAAAAAUUACUCAAAAUAGAUGAAGAAGUUGCUCAUAUUAUGGCAUCUGAUAUGUUAAUAGCUGGAGUUGAUACUACAUCAAAUACAAUGUUAGCAACGAUGUACCUACUUGCAAUGAAUCCAGAAAAACAACAAAAACUUAGAGAAGAAGUACUUUCGAAUGAUGAAAAGAAACCGUAUUUAAAAGCUUGCAUCAAAGAGUCCAUGAGAUUGAUGCCAGUCGUGGGAUUGAAUUUUAGAGAAACCACUAGAAGUUAUGAUAUUUUGGGAUACGAAGUACCUAAGGGAAUGGGCGUGCUGUUUUGUCACCGUUUGCUAUCAUUGUUGGAGUCAAAUUUCCCAAAAGCGCAGCAGUUUAUCCCAGAAAGAUGGAUUGUAGAUGAAAGUGACCCAAUGCAUAAUGGAAGUGCUCAUCCAUUUGUCCACUUGCCAUUUGGAUUUGGGGUCCGAAGUUGUAUAGGACAACGUAUAGCUGAAUUGGAAAUAGAAACGCUACUCUCCCGAGUUGUGCAAAAUUUUAACUUGGAAUGGGUUGGCCCUCCCCCGACGGUCCACUCUACUCACGUCAACUACGUCAAAGGACCUUACAACUUUAUACUAAAUGAUAUUGUAUAAGAACGUGGUGGAAUUAAAUUAUUUAUUAUUCAAUGA